AUGAAGCAAUUCUCAAAUAAGCAAACGAAAAAAUCCUUGCUUUACUAUAAAUCCAUUUUCUCCCCCCUCUCUAUCACUCUUUUUCCCUCCUUUUCUCCCUUUCCUUAUCUCUCUCUCUCUCUCUCUCUCUCUCUCUCUCUCUCUCUCUCAAUUGCAUCAAGAUACACAAAAUAUGUUUACUUUGAUGCAGGACAGAACUACGCAAUUGCAGCUGUUUCUUCGGGAUUAUCGCUGGGCACAACCUUUUUACCAUUUUAUCAAAUGUGGAUCAUUCAAAUUUACAGAUGGAAUGGAAAUUUCUUGUUAAUGGCUGGUAUAAUGUUACAGUUAUGUGCAAUGGCGUUCGUAUUUGAGAACAAACCACUCACAGUGGUGACAUCAAGUCGAAGCCCAAAUCCUGGAAACGAGAUGAAACUUACACAAAAGUUUCUCUUGACAAUGAAGAAUCCUAUAUUUGUUGCCUACCUUCUUGCUCAGCUUUUCAGUUGUACAAUUGGCCGUUUUGUGGCUGGAAUAGCUAGCGCCUGCCGUCUUUCAGGAAUGUUUGUUUUCCUCUUUACCAUGCUUGCAAGCGGGCUGUUAAUCAUGGCGCUGGCACUGGUUGCAAACUAUGCAGAAACCAUGACCCUUCUUUGUCUCAUUGAAGAACAAUUCCUGCCUCUCUCUCGCUCUCUCUCUCUCUCUUGCUCUAUCUAUCUAUCUAUCUAUCUAUCUAUCUAUCUAUAUAUAUAUAUAUAUAUAUAG